AUGGAGAAGCAAUGUCAGUACAGUCCGAAGUUGAGGGCAGGAGCGAGACGGAGAAGCGAUGUAAAUCAGGCCAAGGUCGAGAGCUGGAUCCACACGGAAGAAGCAAGGUCCAGUGAUGCAAGGUCAGAGCACGGCACAGGCUGGCUACUAGAAAUUAUCCCAGGUGUCUGCCAGGAAGCGCAAGGCAUCCAGCUUCCUCCUUUUCUAAUCCAGGCAGAUGACCUCUGCCCUCUCCCCCAGCUGUGCCUUAUCACAUCAGCCUGCUAUUUAAGCAUCACAUUCCUCUCCUGCCGAUUGUGCACGCGCACACUCCUUCUGACUGACUGCAACUGUACCACUCGCUUGUGCCGUCGGCGUUCCCAAGGACUGGGCAGCUCUACCUCCACCUCCCUAGGAACUUCAGAUGAAGGCGGUGACCUGGGAAUUCUAAGAGAACAGCAAGACUUCACUUUCCAAGGCCAGGAAGAAUCCAAUCAAAUGUGUAGCAAAGAUACAGAUGAUAAAAGCAAUUCUCCUCUCAAAGACCAUGAACCUCAGCUGGAAGAAAAUUCUGAAAACAUUUCACACAGUCUGCAGAAAUACAGCCUUAAAACACCGAAGAGGGAGGAAACAGCAGAGACAGAUGAUUGCAUGAGCAAUGAAGAUGAAGGCAUAGCCCAGAGACUGUCUACCAUGCCCAGAGGGAUCACACUUGUCAAUGAAGAGGAAUUGACUCAGCUGGCUCAGAUUAAUCCAUCACCGUCAAAAAGUGGACUACGAUAUAAUACUGAAAAUCUAAUCCAGAAACUUCAGAGGCAGAUUGAACAGCAAGAGGUCCUGACAGAGUUUAUGGGUUUAGAACACAUGAAGCCAGUUGAUGACUGCUGGGUUGCCAAAGCACCAGAAAACCGUGAAAAGAACAGAUAUCGAGAUAUUCUUCCAUAUGAUAUAACACGGGUACCACUUGGAGAGAUGAAGGGCUACAUCAAUGCCAGUUACAUCCGUGUGCCAGCAGGCAAAGAAGAGCUCUUUUAUAUCUCUGCUCAGGGUCCUUUGCCUUCCACCACAAAUGACUUCUGGCAAAUGGUCUGGGAAAACCACUCCAAUGUCAUUGCCAUGAUUACAAGAGAAGUGGAGCAUGGGAUAUCCAAAUGCCAUCGGUACUGGCCUGAGCCGCCCCAUAACUCUGUGGAUUUAGUUCAGUUUCAGCUGCAACUUGUUAACUACCAGCUCUUGGAUUGUUUUGUAAUUCGAAUGUUAGAAGUAAUGAAAAAACAGACACAGGAGAGGCGCAUUGUGCACCACCUCCAGUUUACAUCCUGGCCAGACCACGGCACUCCCAAAUCAUCAGAACAUCUUGUCAAAUUCGUUCGCUACAUGCGCAAAAUCCACCAAUCAGGCCCGAUCAUCACACACUGCAGUGCUGGGAUUGGAAGGAGUGGGGUGCUGCUUUGCGUGGACAUUUUGCUGAGCUACAUAGAAAAAGAUAUGUCUUUUGACAUCAAAGAAAUAGUAACAUAUUUGAGACAUCAACGUUUUGGCAUGAUUCAAACCAAGGAGCAGUAUAUGUUUUGCUAUGAAAUAGCUCUUGAAGCCCUGAAGAACAUUCAGAGCAUGAAUUCCCAGCUACUGCAGUAAGGAAACCGUGCUGUUACCUUC